AUGGCGGGCAGCCACAGCUCCUGGCUCACAAUAUUUCAGAUCAAGCACUCUGAAACUCCAUUUGCUGAAGGAAGCAGACUGAGCGCCAGCUCUCCUAACUUGGUAGCUGCCUCCUGUGCUAGUAAACUUCAGCAUUUUAUAGGGGGGCUGUUGUCUGGAAGACACAGAAGGUCAGGAAAGCGCACGGAAGCUCCCCAUCAUCCUUACCACGGGCACUCCCACACCUACACUUCCAUCCUUUCCCCGAAAAAAAGAGACAGGCCUCUGAGCAGCCCCGAGGAAGGGGAGAAGGCGAACACCCCACAAAGUGCACCGAGGGCAGUUAUCUGCAGACACGGCUUCGGGGGUGCACACACACAAAGAUCCCCAGACCGCAAACAAAAGCGAGCCCGUCGCCAGUUCGCAUUCCCCGAACCGCCGAGUCCGGCACAGCCCCGGGUGGGCCCCUCCCGGCGCUGCCCCGGAGGCCGCGGGGAGCCGGGGGGGCAGAGCGCAGAAAUCGCCCUCUUUACUCCCCGGGCCCUGCCCCAGAGCACACGGGAGAGGCGAGGAAGCCCCCGGGGCUGUGCCGGGGGGCAAGGCGAUGCCGGGCCCCGGUGCCCCGCCGGACGGCGAGGCCGUCCCGGCCGCGGGGGUGGCACCGCCUGCAGCCGCUGGCGGAGGAGGGCUGGGGCUUUGAGUUCACCAUUUCCCCGUCCCCUCCCCUGCCCCCCGCGGGCACGACAGCCAUGGCCCCUCGCCCGGCCUGCGGGAGCCCCGCCGUCUCUCUCCUGUGGAGCCUCGGCGCUGUCGAGCAGCUGCCAUUACUCGGGCCAAGACCCGUCCUCCAAGCAGGCAUCCCCCUCCCCAGCGAGGAAAUGCGGCGGCGGCGGGGGUCUGGACCCUUUCUUGUUGCAGAGGGAAAAUAUGGUGCUUAUCCAGCCGUGCUACAUGAAAAUUUCUCCUAUCAUGAAGUCUAACUUGGAGAAAUGACAGAUAAUGUUUUUGAAAGUAGACACUCACCUUGAGCAACAGAAACUAAAACACAGAGAAUCAACGGUCUGUCUCAGAGCUGUCAGUACAUCCUCAGCUGUAGAUCACAGAAGAAUAAUUUAAAUUGGAAGAGACCUUUUGAUCACUGAGUCCAGCUGUUAGCCAUACUUGCACUGCAGGGCAAGGAAAUACAUAUUAAUACAAAAUACAUAACUUGAU